AUGGUGACUUUUACUUCACAAAUUUCAAUUCUUUUGCUUCUGUUAUUAUCUGCGACCACAUUCCACAUAAGCAUGUCUCUUCGUUGCAAUGAGAAGGAUCGAGGUACACUGUUAUUAUUCAAACAAGGCAUCAUUGAUCGUUACAAUUAUCUUUCCACAUGGUCAAAAGAAGAAGACUGUUGUGCAUGGAAAGGAGUCCAGUGCGAAAAUAUUACAGGCAGAGUUACAAAGCUUGAACUCGGACAAACAGAUGUUCAUGAACCUUUGACAGGUGAAAUUAACUUAUAUUUGCUGAAACUUGAAUUUCUGAAUUACUUGGACUUGAGCUUCAAUGAGUUUGAUGUGAUAAGUAUUCCACCUACUCUUGAAUAUAUCACAUCUGCAUCUAACCUUCAUUACCUUGACUUAUCCUACAAUUUUAAUCUUCAAAAGGAUAAUCUUCAUUGGCUUUCUCCACUUUCUUCCUUGAAAUAUCUCAACCUCGGUGGAAUCGAUCUUCACAAAGAAACCAACUGGCUUCAAUUGGUGGCUAUGCUUCCUUCACUGUUAGAGUUACGAUUGAGUGAUUGUAAACUUAACAACAUCAGCACAUCUCUUGAGUAUGUGAAUUUUACUUCACUUGUAACUCUUGAUCUUUCCGACAACAAUUUCAACUCUGAAUUACCAUACUGGUUGUUUAAUCUCAGUAGUGGCAUCUCUCAUCUUGAACUUCAGGACAGUAAUUUACACGGUGAAAUACCUUCCAGCUCAUUAAGCCUAAGAAAUUUAAAAAACCUUGAUCUAUCUUGGAACGACCUCACAGGAUCAAUUCCAAAUUGGUUUAGCCAAUUAGAACAUCUGCAGCACCUUGAUCUAUCCAACAACUUGUUUUCUGGUUCCCUUCCCUCAACGAUUGGAAAUCUCUCAUCCUUAGUUUCCUUAAGAAUUGGCUCUAAUUCCUUCUCUGGUGCAAUAUCUGAAACAUCUUUUUCCAAACUCUCAAAUUUAGAAUAUCUGGACUUGAGCAAUUCCACGACUGCAUUCCAUUUCAAUCCUGAAUGGAUUCCUCUUUUUCAGCUCCAUAGCCUUUUUUUGUCAAAUACAAAAACAGGUCCCAACUUUCCACCAUGGAUAUAUACACAAAAGUCACUAAGAUAUUUAUAUAUAUCGAGCUCAGGAAUUUCAACCGUAGAUGGAGAUAAGUUUAGGAGCUUAAUAGCAGGGAAUUAUUGGUUUCUCGAUAUGUCCAAUAAUUCACUCAGUGAAGACUUAUCGAACGUGACAUUGAACUCUACCCAUGUAAAGUUGGACCAUAAUAAUUUCAAAGGAGGGCUCCCACAUCUAUUGCCAAAGACAUUCGGCGUGGAUUUUUCUUACAACUCCUUCUUAGGAUCAAUUCCACUUGGUUGGAAAAAAUUGAAAAUUUUGUAUUAUAUUAACUUAUGGAGUAACAGGUUAUCUGGUGAAGUUUUAGUCCACCUCUCAAAUUUGACGGAAUUGGUAUUUAUGGAUAUUGGAAAAAAUGAAUUUUCUGGAACUAUACCAAUCAAGAUGCCACAGAAAUUACAAGUGAUGAUGAUAUUGAGAUCUAACCAUUUUGAGGGCGAUAUUCCAUCCCAACUAUUCAAUCUCUCUUCUCUGUAUCACUUGGAUGUUGCCAACAAUAAAUUUUCAGGAUCUUUGCCUCAGUGUGUCUAUAACAUGACUCAAAUGGUUAUGGAUACUUUGGACUCUAAUCCCAUCUUUGAGACAAUGGAUUUGUUUACAAAAGGGAAUGAUUAUGAGUAUCUAAGCAAUCCGCAUAGGCGAACUAUUGACCUUUCAGAUAACAACCUGUCUGAAGCAAUUCCCUCAGAAUUAUUUGGGUUGAUUCAAGUUCAAACAUUGAACUUAUCUCACAAUCAUUUCACUGGAAAAAUAGAGAAAACGAUUGGAGGCAUGGAAAAUAUGGAAUCUCUUGAUCUCUCCAAUAAUAACCUUUCUGGAGAAAUUCCUCAAAGCAUGGCUGUUUUGUCUUUUCUCGGUUAUUUGAACUUAUCAUACAACAAUUUUAUUGGACAAAUCCCAACAGGGACUCAACUUCAAAGUUUUGAUGCGUCAAGCUUUAUUGGGAAUCUAGAACUGUGUGGAGCUCCUCUUUCAAAGUGUAUCACACAAGAAGAGAAUCCUAAAAAUACAAACCAAAACAGAGGGAAUGAAGAUGGUGGCAUAGAAAGAGAGUCACUGUAUCUUGGGAUGGGAGUUGGAUUUGCGGUGGGCUUCUGGGGUAUAUGUGGUUCAUUCCUUCUCAUCAGGAAAUGGAGACAUGCAUAUUACCAGUUCCUUGAUUAUGUGGGUGACGAACUUUAUGUUAUGUUGAUGGUAAAGUACAAUAACUUUCGCAAAAGAGAGACACCUGCUGGUUGA